CCACUACGGAGGGCGGGGGGAGACAGAAGUGAGGGGGUCGGCGCUCGCCGCCUCGCCCCUGACCCGGCGCCUGGAGCGCGUUGGGGACAGAGCCGGCGGCGGUGGUCACCGGGGAGGUCGAGGCCCCGGCUCCGACCCCAAGCUGGGGCGGGGUCGCGGCGGCCCGCUGACCUGCCGGUGUCUGUGUAUGUGCCCGCGCAGGGAGACAUGGAGACCUGUUUGGCGGCCGCGGCGCUGAACGGGGUGGACCGACGUUCCCUGCAGCGCUCGGCUAGGCUGGGUCAGGAGGUGCUGGAGCGGGCCAAGAGGAGGGCGGUGGACUGGCGUUCGCUGGAGCUUCCCAAAGGCAGCGUGGGGGUCAUUUCCCGGGAGCGGCCCUACCAAGAAAGUCGGCCCGCAGUCGGCCCCUGGCGCCUUCUCCCGGGGGAGAGAGAAGAAAGACACCCAACCCUCAGUGCUUCCUUCAGAACAAUGGCUGAAUUCAUGGACUAUACAUCAAGUCAGUGCGGGAAAUAUUAUUCAUCUGUGCCAGAGGAAGGAGGGGCAACCCAUGUCUAUCGUUAUCACAGAGGGAAGUCGGAGCUGAAUGGCCAGAGAAAAGCCACCUCCCCUGGUCUUGGAGGCAUCUAUCAAGUGUCAGAGUGUGCUCUAGAGGCAACACAGUCUGCAGAGAACAUCCCUAAGGACCUCUACAUAGAAGUAUAUCCGGGGACCUAUUCCGUCACUGUGGGUGCAAAUGACUUAACCAGGAAGACUCAUGUGGUAGCAGUUGAUUCAGGACAAAGUGUGGACUUGGUCUUCCCCAUGUGAUGUUGACCAUCACAGUCAUCAUAUCACCUUUUUUUUAAGUAGCAAGAAGAAUAAAGCCACUAUAUUAUUCUCUUAAUAUUUACACGUUAAUCCUGCUUUUGGUACCGACUGUAGAGGGUGAGCCUUCCUGGGACCUGGAGUUCAUCUCUUUAAGUGCCUAUUUUAACUUGAAAGUAUAGAAGUCCCUCCACCCUCUUUUGCCUGAAGGUAAUAAUGUAAUGAUGCUGUCUGGAUAGUUUUUAUUGCUUGCUUUCCAAGUAAAGGUUAAUUAUGAUAAUAAAGGGAGCUAUUUGGAAAUAAA